CCUUUCUGACAGCAGCUGUUCGCGGAGCUUCGUCCACUGAUUCAUGUAAUUUACGACUGGAAAGCAACAGGAGGACGAAGCUAUCUCAGUAAAGACUGGGAUAGCUUGGGCAGCAAUGUCACAACUGUAUUAUAAGAAAGCUGACAGCUCCUCGUACAGGGACCGGAUCCCCCUGCGGAUCGUGCGGGCAGAGUCCGAGCUCUCUGCCCUGGAGAGGGCCUACCUGGGGGCUGUGGAGAAGGGGGACUACGCCAGCGUGAAGCAAGCUCUGGAUGAGGCCGAGAUCUACUUCAGGAUCAACAUCAACUGCGUCGACCCCCUGGGACGCACAGCCCUGCUCAUUGCUAUUGAAAACGAGAACCUGGAGAUUAUUGAGCUGCUGCUCAGCUAUAAUGUACAUGUGGGUGAUGCCCUGCUACAUGCCAUCCGUAAAGAGGUAGUGGGCGCCGUGGAGCUGCUGCUCAACCACAAGAAGCCACGUGGGGAAAAGCAGGUUCCACCAAGUCUGCUGAAUAAACAGUUUUCAGACUUCACCCCAGAAAUUACUCCAAUCAUCCUCGCAGCACAAACUAAUAACUAUGAGAUCAUCAAACUGCUCCUGCAGCGAGGGGUUUCUAUACCUCAGCCACAUGCCAUUCGCUGCAACUGUAUGGAGUGCGUGUCCAGUUCGGACGUGGAUGUCCUCCGUCACUCACGUUCUCGUCUUAACAUCUACAAGGCCCUCUCCAGUCCGUCUCUCAUCGCCCUCUCCAGUGAGGAUCCCUUCCUCACGGCGUUUCAGCUCAGCUGGGAGCUGAAGGAGCUCAGCACAGUGGAGAACGAAUUUAAGUCAGAGUAUGAGGAGCUAUCCCGUACGUGUAAACAAUUUGCAAAGGACCUCUUGGACCAAACCCGCAGUUCCCGAGAGCUCGAAGUAAUCCUCAACUACCGUGACAACAUCAACCCUUUGCUGGAUGAGAACACUAAUGACCUGGCCCGACUGAAACUGGCUAUCAAAUAUUCCCAGAAAGAGUUCAUCGCUCAGCCCAACUGCCAGCAGCUGCUGGCAUCUCGCUGGUAUGAUGAAUUCCCAGGCUGGAGGAGGCGUCACUGGGCAGUAAAGCUCAUCACUUGUAUCUUGAUUGGCCUCAUGUUUCCACUGUUAUCCAUCUUCUACCUGAUCGCUCCAAAGAGCCGCUUUGGCUUGUUCAUCCGUAAGCCUUUCAUCAAGUUCAUCUGUCACACUGCUUCCUACCUGACCUUCCUCUUCCUGCUCUUCUUGGCCUCGCAGCAUCUACAGACUGAUAAUCAGGAAAACCGUCAGGGCCCCUCACCCACCCCUGUGGAAUGGAUGAUCCUGCCCUGGGUGCUUGGUUUUUUAUGGGCUGAGAUCAAACAGAUGUGGGACAGUGGUUUUGAGGACUACAUAGAUGACUGGUGGAACCUAAUGGAUUUCAUAAUGAACUCUUUGUAUCUUGCAACCAUUUCUCUGAAGAUUGUUGCAUAUACAAAGUACAAAGGAAUCUGCACAUCCAGAAACAAGUGGGAAAUGUGGCAUCCAACUUUGGUGGCAGAGGCACUGUUUUCCAUCGCCAACAUCUUCAGCUCCUUGCGCCUCAUCAGUCUUUUCACUGCCAACUCCCAUUUGGGGCCUUUACAGAUUUCAUUGGGUCGCAUGCUUCUGGACAUCCUCAAAUUCCUCUUUAUCUACUGUCUAGUGCUGCUAGCCUUUGCCAAUGGCCUCAACCAGCUCUAUUUUUACUAUGAAACAAAUAAUAAUGGGACUUGCAAGGGUAUUCGUUGUAGUGAUCAAAACAACGCUUUCUCAACGCUAUUUGAAACACUGCAGUCAUUAUUUUGGUCUAUCUUUGGCCUGAUUAACCUCUAUGUGACCAACGUGGGGCCGGACCAUAAAUUCACAGAGUUUGUGGGUUCUACUAUGUUUGGCACCUAUAAUAUCAUCUCCCUGGUAGUGCUUCUAAACAUGCUUAUUGCAAUGAUGAAUAACUCCUACCAGCAUAUUGCUGAUCAUGCAGAUAUAGAGUGGAAAUUUGCACGAACAAAAUUAUGGAUGAGCUAUUUUGAAGAAGGAGGAACUUUGCCAUCUCCAUUUAAUAUAAUACCCAGUCCAAAGUCGUCUUAUUAUCUAAUUGGAUGGAUAAAGACCCAUUUAUUUAAGAGACCAAGUACAAAACGUCUUGAAAACUUUGAAACUUUGGGGAGACGUGCAGCUGAAAAUGUAAAAUUAAACCAUGAGUAUCAGGAGGUUUUGAAGAACCUCAUGAAGCGAUAUGUGGCUGCAAUGAUUAGAGAUGCCAAGACAGAGGAGGGAUUGACGGAAGAAAAUUUCAAGGAGCUUAAACAGGAUAUCUCCAGCUUUCGCUUUGAAGUUCUGGGAAUGAUGAAAGGUAAACCUCACGGUGGGCUAGCGGUUAAUAUUGCAAGUACCACCUUGGCUUACCCUGGAAAUUCAUUCAAAUAUUCUCCCAAAUUCCCAACUGACGAGCCUCAACAGAAGCAGGACAUCUUUGACCUGAUCACGACUACCACCACCACCACCCUACAGACCAAAGCUGCCAACACCACCAGGUCUGCUGGCUUUAAUAGGAAAUCUAAUGGUUCCAUCAUUUUAUCCACCACAGGAAAGACUCAAAAAGGGGCAACAAAAGAAGAUUCAAAUGCCGGAUCCCUUCAGAAACAGGAAAAACGCUCUUCUCUGAAAGGCGAUGAAAUCUGUUCAUUGCCAGAGGAAGAAUUGUUGGGAACUGAUAAAGAGAUGCAAGAAAAAUGUCAGAUUGAGAAAAUAGUUGUGGACGUCUCGCAGAAGGAUGAGAAGGAAUUCAACGAGACUAAACAUUUUUGCAGAGAACUCGAUGAGGAUGGGCCGAAAAAAUAUAAAAAUUAA